GGGCCUUGUUCGCCUUGUAAUCAAGCGCGGCGGUGCGCGGCGGUCUCUGCUGGUCAAAACACGGUCAUAAAUUAUUACGGUCGAAUCGUGACGAUUGAAGAUAAACACAUAAAUUGUUCUGCACCAGGUCAAGUACCAGCAAAGUACCAGGCUGUGCCCUGAAAUAUCAAAUCAAAAUAGGUGCCUAGCAGCAGUUAUCAUAAGGUACUAUGUUUUCACUGUGGUUUUGCACAAGGCUGUCAGUCAAACCUUAUUCCUUGAUAGUCAGACUCUCAAAUAUGAGUUCUGCUGUGGAAGAGGGAAAGAAGAAGGCAGCUUACAUUGCAGUUGACAAGUUUGUCCAGGAUAACCAAAAAAUUGGCAUUGGCAGUGGAUCUACUAUCGUGUAUGCAGUAGACAGACUUGCGGAGCGAGUGUCGGCCGAGGGCCUGCGCGUCCAGUGCGUGCCGACGUCGUUCCAGGCGCGCCAGCUAGUGACGGCGCGCGCGCUGCCGCUCACCGACCUGGAGCAGUGUCCGCGGCUCGACCUGGCCAUCGACGGCGCCGACGAGGUGGACAGGGACCGCGUCUGCAUCAAGGGCGGCGGCGGCUGCCUGGCCCAGGAGAAAAUCGUGGCCGCCGCCGCCCAGCGCUUCGUCGUCAUCGCCGACACCAGUAAGCGCUCGCAGCGUCUGGGCGACCACUGGAAGCGCGGCGUGCCGAUCGAGGUGCUGCCGAUGGCCUACCGGACAGUGCAGCUGGCCAUCGAGGGCCGGCACGGCGGCACGGCGCCGCUCCGACUGGCCAAGCAGAAGGCGGGCCCCGUGGUGACCGACAACGGUAACCUGCUACUCGACUGGCUGUUCCCCGACGGAGACCACGACUGGAAGACGCUCAGCGUCCAGCUCAAAAUGAUCCCCGGUGUGGUCGAGACGGGCCUGUUUGUCGACAUGGCUGAGUGUGUCAUCUUCGGCGGGCCGGACGGCACAGAGGAGCUGCACUGAGAGCGGACAGAGCUGCUGAGGAGCUGCACUGAGGCCGGACAGAGCUGAGGAGCUGCACUGAGGCCGGACAGAGCUGAGGAGCUCCACUGAGAGCGGACAGAGCUGCUGAGGAGCUGCACUGAGACCGGACAGAGCUGAGGAGCUGCACGGAGCAGCUGCUUGGGACCUUACCGAGCUGCACUGGGGACCUGCACAGGCCGGACCGAGCCGCUCAGAGGGCGGAUCAGCCCCUCAGCCGCAGUUUGGACUCUCUCCGCGCCGCAGCGGCCGCCGGCCUCUCCACACGGUGGUGGGUUCACACUGUCCGGCACACCCUGUAUAGGAACGGCGGGCGGCUCCGUGCGAGGCAGGAGUGUGACCGUGUCUGGCCGCUCCACACCGUCUCACCCGGGCCAGCUGCCUCCCUCCGGUCCCCGCCAGAGCCGCACUCCUGACAUGCUAUCGCUUACCAAUCAUGUUACACUGUAGCGCGAUUAUGAAAUACUCAGCCUCAAAGGCUCUGCCAGCCAGCCAUUCGGUGGCACUGACGGCACCCGCUUUUUGAAGUAUUGUCUUCCAUGUCAGAUUUAUAUCUAAGUGUAAAGAAGUGUUAGCAGAUCGUUUAUGUGGCUGUGGUGGUAUUUUUCUCUAGUCACCGCACGCUUUUACUAUGAAUUUGUAUACCUACGCAUGUACAUUCCAAAGUGGCAUCGCAUGUUAGCUGAAUACACUAUACCGUCGAACCAG